AUGACUCAACCAUCUCUCACAACCACGUUUGACACGUCUUUAAUAGACCUGGCGGCGUUACCGGGAACCCGACAGCACCGGCGGCGGCUACGGCAAGAAAAGCAGCAGCAGAGCAGCCAGCAGUUCGGAUCCUUCUCCACCACCGAACCAGACACUGAGGACGACGAAGACAUUAACAACGGAGCCGACGAUUUCGCAGAAGACGUCCCUUCGCAGGCUGCUGCCAACAACAGUAACGACUUCCUCUUCACCACGUCCGGCGCUCUCGCGAGAACCCCUGCGCUGAGCUCGGACGAGGACUCGGAUUCUGGAGAGGAGAACGCACCACCACCACUACUAUCAAGACCGCCACUUCCGCGGCCACCACUCGCCUCGCCGCAACCACCCAGGCUAAGGCCAACGCCAAAGAGAUCUCCGGUUUCUGCUUCCGCCGCUGCUGCACGUGCGUCAAGCCAAGCCAAACGGGCAUCCGCGACGCCAACAUCUUCCUCCAAGCACCCUCAGCCUUCGUCGUCGCCAACACCGUCCUCGCCAUCGUCUCCGCCGACUUCUGUUGCUGCUGCUGAACAGAGCUCGAGACGUCCGCCCGCUAAGCGCAGGAAAAUGGCUCGGGAUGCUUCUUCGCCGUCUACCGGCGCCGGCACGCCUUCUGCUUCUGCGUCUGCGAGCCUGCAGAAGGUAGAUCCUGUCGUUGAUCGUGCCGUUGGUAAGACGGCGACGCCUGUUCGCCAUCUAGACAACGUCGCUGCGUAUGAUGCGUGGGCGGCUGUGUACGACUCUGAUGGGAAUAUCCUGCAGAGUGUAGAUGACUUGGAAUUAGAGGGGAUACUGCCGGGGUUUCUGGAGAGCGCCGCAGGGAAGGUGGGAGGUGGAGGGGACGAGGUGUUUAGGGUGCUGGAUCUGGGGUGUGGGACCGGGAGAAAUACGGAGAAGGUUGUGAGGUGGUGGGAGGAGGAGGCGGCGAAAAGGAAGGUGAAGAGAAGGAUGGAGGUGACGGGCGUGGAUGCGUCGAAGGGGAUGCUGGAGAAGGCGAAGGGAAGGUUGAUCCCGCUCGUGGAGGACUCAGACGUGACUACACUCAACCUUCUCAACCUUGAUCCUUUCGCGUCCUCGUCCUCCGCAUACAUUGCUACGCCUCUGGAACGCCAACCGCCCUUCCAUGCUGUUGUCUCUACUCUGGUUCUGGAACACCUGCCUUUGGCAACUUUCUUCCGCACCCUCGCCGCGCUCCUCGCUCCUGGCGCUAUCGCUCUCAUUACCAACAUGCACCCGGACAUGGGCGCUGUCUCCCAGGCUGGCUUUGUUAGCACGGAUGCGGACGGCAAGCAGGUGAAGGUGAGGGGGAAGAGCUGGGCGCAUGGGAUUAGGGAGACGGUCGAAGCGGCUACGGAGGUGGGUUUGACUGUCGUAGAUGUGGUGGGUGGAGCGAGUGCGGGUGGGGUUAAGGGAGUGAGGGAGAGGUCAGUGGAUGAGGAGUUGAUUAAAAGCGGGAGGGUGGGUGAACGGGGAUGGAAGUGGGUGGGUACGAAGGUGUGGUAUGGGUUUGUAGUGAAUAAAGCUGAUGGUAGUAGUUCGGAGGUGGAGAGGGAGUGA